AUGGGCUGUACGUACUCUGUACUCUGUGCUUGGUACUCUGUGCUUGGUGUGACUGUCCUUGGUUGGACUGAGGGGGGUGAGAUCAAGUAUAAAUCUUGUAACCCCGGAUUUUGGGUGGGACUUGUAGAAAGCCACAAGAUACCAGGACCAAGUGAACAGGAUUCUACGGGCUACACUUUGGAAGCAGCUGAACAGAAACAGUAA